ACCUAGUUCAGAGUCACAGUUUGCUUUCACCUGCUAGCUUGAAACUUGGAUAUGAACCAAACCUCCAACUUCCAAGUUGGAAACAUCAGAUUUGCUCAGCAAUUGUCUGCAUGGCGGGCCGGGACGAUGGGGAAGUAACUGAUGCUGCGGCGGCUGCUGGAAAGCGACGCAGAAUUGACGAGAGCGGGCAAGCGGAUCCCCCAAGCUCUUCAGCAGCCAACGGGAUGGCUGCGCUCACAGCUCAACUUGGAGUACUCAAGAGUGUCAUGGUCAUCAAAGACGCGGAGUUGAAUGCUCAGAGGGAAGAGCUUGAACGAUUGCAAACAGCUCUGGAGCGAACGAGAUUGAAACUGGCGGAAGCAACAGCAGCCAGUGCGCGCAGAGUCGAUGAUGGGGCUCGUUUUCACUUUGUUUUGGCAGGGACAGGGCAAACAGGUUCGAUCCCGCGGAGCUUUCUGGCAUCAGAACCAGACUCACUUCUCAACAAGAUGUACAAUGCUUCCUACAUCACUUGCAUCCAGCUCUUCUCCGGGACGCAGACUUCCUUCAUGCGGCUUCUGGUGAUCCGACAGAUGCUGUAG